GUUCUCUCCUUAAAGCAUAUCCCACAAGAUCUUCCUCCGGAAGCCAUCAGCAUUACAACUAAUCAACCAUCUUUCGAUUGAAAGGAGAACCUUCACCUUGCCAGCACCUCUUACUACGAUUUCUUGCCCCAGGAGGCCGUCAGAGGACUGUCGUGCUAUCUCCAAGCAUCAGUGUAAUACGACUAUCCAUCCAGUAAUUUCUUCAUCAAGGUCAGUCAGUCUGUUUGCGCGGUCCUCGCUCACUUGCUAUCCAUCACCCAACCUGUAUAUAUGCUAACGACCUCCCAAGCAUCACGAUAAACACAAUAACCAUCGCCCAAAUGCCCACGUCUUCGUCUGUCAAGGAAUCCCCCAAGUUCGCCGAGGCCAUGACGAGCACCAACUGGCGCCAGCCCGCCAAGCCCUCCUACGAGGGAAGCAGAGGCUUCAAGGUUCACAAGAAGCGUCACAGACAAGCGAUCUCCUCUGAUUUUAACCUUGAGGAUCCGUCUACCCAUCUGCGCUCCCCGGAACCUGGAGCUUCCCCUCAACGCAGUGCUAGUAGUAUCGGCUUCUCUGCUGAUUCCUUCUUCGACAUCUCCGAGGAUGCGAAUGAUUCCGACCUCUCUGACUGUAGUCUUUUCCACAGCAACGUCGGUAUCAUCAGUAGCAUCCCCGUUACAGCUGCCACCGCCGCCAGCCGCUUUAGAUCUUCAACUGAGCGCGCCUCGCGGGCUUUUGCCGACCACGCCCACCCCAGGGUUCAUGUAAUCGAUGUCGUCAUGGUCGACGACUAUUGCCAGGAAAAGAUGUGUCGCACCCACGAUGGUGAUUUUCCCAUUGCAGAGAUCGAAAGCAUCAGAGGCUCGAAGCGCUUCAAGGCAACAAGGGCCGCGGCUAAGAUGUAUGAACAGGAGAAGCAGGAGCGCGAGGAGGAGGCCAAGCUCCAAUAUACCGAGCAGGUCCAUCAAACUCGAACCACCCCUCGGAAAGAAUCUGUGCGCAGCCAAAACUGCUGUGGCCAAAAUGCCAUCGGCUCGACCGACAAGCAGCCGUUGUUCUUGGCUCCCCGCAAGCCCAAUAUUCGUUCCCAGGAGCGGCACAGAAGCUCGACCGGCAGUGCGGUGGAUGCAGACUCCACAGCCCAGGCCAUCAUGUCAGACUCGGCCGUUGUGAACGUCGGCGGGGUCAGGACACGCCCUAAAAGCGAUCCCAUAACCGAUCCCGAGCAGAAGAGACACCGAUACAACUGUCUCAUCGAGAAGUUGAGCAAAGCCACCAAGGAGAAGAAGAUCCAAGACAUGCUCGGCAUCGGGGCAUCUGUGUUGAGCGCUUCCUCAGACAUUCGACCAACACCGACCGGGCAAACGGUUUCCCGCCGAAACCACCCCAAAUCAGAUGACUCGGCCGUUGUGCUGGACAUGGACAGACCGUCUAGUCCUCGACCAUCUCCGACGGGCCUCAACCCGGCAGCCAAAGAAUUCGUUGCCCGUUCGACCACCGAUCUUGCGGACCCCGCUAUUGUCGGCAUAGGCAAGCCGGCCGGCGAAAAACAAGAGCCCGAGGCGACCGCGACGACGACGACGACGACGCAAAAGGCCGUGGUAGAUGCUAUGGAUAUGAUCGCCGAGUACACCAAGAGCUAUGAGAAACUCCAGGAGGUGGUGAAGAACACCAUCCAGAAAUUCGGCUUCCCCGGUCUUGUUGCCCAAGAGGUCACCGCCCCCCCUUCCCCAGCGACCUUUCCACUCCCUAUGGGCACUAUGGUACCUAGCAGGGCCGGUCCGGCCAUAUCGCCAGUGCCCUUCCAGGGAUACCCGAGUCCGCCGUUCACGCCUUCAUGCGGCCCCGGCGACCCCUCCUUCGCAGGUCUGAACGGCCUCCCGCCGCUGCCCCCUGGCCUCAGAGGUCCCAUGCUGCCUCCCCAAAUGGUAGGACGAGACGGUCCAGUCCCACUUCCCAUGAAUCCCGCGUUCCCUGGCGCCACAGGGUAUCCUGGUGGUCAAUUUAUGACCCCUAAUGGCCUCAUGCCGCCUCCUUGUCCUCCGGGCACCGGGCCCAUGCUCCCUCCUGGUCUUCUGGGACCUAUGGCAUCUCUGCCGCCACCUCCCAGCUACUGGGGACCCUUUGCCCACCCUCCCCCUGGAUGUGGCCCUGGUUUGAGGUUCGGACCUGGGCCUUUUGUACCUCGAUUGAGUCAUGAUGGCUUUGUACCUCCCCCUUUAAUGCCACAGACGUCCACGAGCCCGCCCGGCAGCGUCGGCGUCCCGGGCCCAGGUGGAAUUGGAAGCAAGCCGGUGCGCAAGCCUCGUGCCCCCGAUGCUCAAAGGCAACUGGAAUACGAGGCUCACAUUGAGUGGCGUAAGGCCAACGAGCCUGGGUACGCGCAGCUGUGCCAGGAAAGACAGAAUCGCCGCGCCCAACGCUCGAUGACACAGAAAACAGGUGGCGAUCAGAAAGAAUGUGUGGAUACCGCCGCUACAUCGACCGACCAGAAGAAGUGUCCGAAUGAAGAGUGAGCAACAGAGAAUAAUGGAAAACAACGAAUUAUGAUAGUAAGAUGGUAUGAUGUGUUGAAUCGCUAGGGAGCAUGAAAGAGAGGGGAGCACUUGCACGGCUUCCUCACGGGAAUGGGAAAGAUCGGAGGCGAGUGAGAAGAGAACAGGGAAGAGGGUCAGAUAUUGGUUGACUACUUCUCUCGUUCAAUGCACCGGGAGCACGCUCGCUGUAUCCUGUGUUCUUUGCUUGGCUUUCCGCAGCAACCACCAGAGAUGGUGAUGGUCGACAUAGGCAGCCAGUUGUUGAUACGGCGUUGGAUGGACUCAUGGAGAAGGGCCUAUAUCAUCAUUACAUAGACAGCCUAGCUUUCCUUCAUUGGCGACCUUUCGCUUCUUUGCCCUGUCUUCGUAGAUGCCCGAGAGGGAAUAUAAGUUUUUUCUUCUUCUUCCUUCUCUAGACGUGUUUGGUCCGCACAAUGGGCUCACGUCCCAGAGUGACAAGUUGACAAGUUCGAACGAUG